AAAAGAUAUUACAGCUAUCAAAUAUAAAGUUACAACGAUUUCAUAAACAUAUAAACUGAUUUCACCUCCGUCAGCUGACACAUCAUUGCUUUCGCUAAAAAAUAGAGAAAAAAUACAGUAAAGAUGUUUGAAAUUACAUGUAGUUGCUUACUUUUGCUGACUAUACUAACUGUAACACAAGGUUACACGAAUCAUUGCAGGUCAGGUUGUUAUGACAACGGACGGUGUCAUGGAUAUGGUGAAACCUGGGAAUCCAACUGCAUUACCAAAAGAUGUGUGGGUGCUGGUGAUGUAAUACAGACACUUGGCGUAAAAUGUAAAGAUGGUUAUGGCAAGUGUAUUAACCAUGGAGAUAAAAUGAUCGUAAAUAUGGGUGGUUAUGGAGAGUCAUGUACAUGUCGGGUUAGUCAGAGUUCAUGGGAUUAUGUUCACUGUGAAGGAUCGAGUAAUUCGAAUAAAAAAAGAUGUGACUGCGAGCCUGAUGGAGUAUGUAGAACAUUUGGUGAAAGAUGGGAGAAAAACUGUUUUACCUAUGAAUGUCAAAGAGAUGGAAAUUCCUGGAUAGCUAAUGUUGUCGCUGCAGCUUGUAAGGACGCAUAUGGCAGAUGUAGACAUAAUGGCGAAAGAAUGCCAUACUACCAUUUGGACCAACUGUAUGAAAAUUGUUUGUGUACAAUCACGGGGACAAUCACUAGAUAUCAAUGCACAGGGGAUUCCAACGUUGUACCAGUGCCAAUACAAUGUAAGGGAUGCAAGGUCAACGGUGUUUGUCAUAACACUGGUUCCAGAUGGGAAAAUGACUGCGUUACGUACGAAUGUCAACGACUUGCCAAUUAUUGGAUGAUGGCAAAGGCUGUUAGUAGAAAAUGUAAGGAUGCAUAUGGUUACUGCAGAAAUCAUAAUGAAUACAUGACUGCAUCUGUCAAUGGACUGAUAUUUGACCGUUGUCUUUGUCAGGUCAAUGGACUUAGUUCGAGUUAUCACUGUAAUUACUCUGUCGGAAAAUAGAUAGUUUGGAUGCAGAGUAACAGUUGAAUACUAAUGGCGGUUACUCUUAACUCCUAUUUUAUUCUUAUGAUCAUUGUAAUUUCCCACGUCAUUUGAUGUAUUAUCUUUACAACAAACAAAUAUAUAUAUAUAUAUAUAAUUAUACGGACAGUUUUAUAUACACAUUGACCAACCAGUUUACAACAUUACACCAUCGUUUUUUUUUAAAUGUAAUGCCAAAUUAUUCAAACAAUGUACAAUUAAAUCAUGCAUACCAAAAUCAUUUUGCAAUAACAGUUUCUAGUGAUUGUUGAUACAAUGUCAUUUCUAUUUAACAACUGAUAUGUACAGUUUCAUUUAUGUUAAGUCAUACCAACAUUGCAAUACAAUAAUUGUAGUAUUUACUAACACAUGUUCAUCCACAGCUUGCUAUAAUAGAUUACAUUAAACAAGAAAAUUAAUGUAAAAACUAUUUUUUGUAUUGAUUGUUCUACCAGUGGUUGAUACCACUGCACCUUGACCAUACAGUUGUAACAGAUAAAUGUCUUUUUUCUUUUUUUUUUUGUCGGCUUGUUGCAGCCCCAUUGUGUACAUACAUAUAUUUCAUUCUGUAUUAGUAUUAUAAUAAACAAAUAUCCUGUUUAAGAAAUCUUUUAUCGUUUUAAUAGAUAACUCAUGAACAGGACUCUCCAAUACAAGAUAAUCAUUAUAUAGUUUUAAUAAAUCUUGUAGACCCUGUUUUGUUCUUUGGUUGAAUUUGAUAAGUCUUUUUUUCCAUUAUUUUUGUUUUCUGAAUUUUCCUGAAAAAAAAAGAGUUUUCGAACGCACAAUAAUAUUAGUCUUAUUUUGAUUCAUAAGAAUACAUUUGCAAAAUUUUUAACAGAAUAUUUACGUAGUUUUUACUUAUCUUACAUAUGACUAUUCAAUUUCCUCAGAUCGUUGCUUUUUGAAGCCCCUUUUUUGUUUUUAUUUUGUCGCCGUGUUUUAAAGUUUAAAAAUCUAUUCAUAAAGUAACUACCUUUCUACUACAUCUAUUGUCUUUUUUGUAUUUGUAGGGAAGUUGCUCAAUAUAUAAUCGUAUAAUUUUUCUUUUUUAUAUGAAAUUUUACAACUAUAAAAUGGUGUGUCACUAAUGGAACAGGAACUGAUUACCCUUCCGUAGCACCUGAGUAUAGUUCAUAUUAUUUAUGUAGAUGCUGAGUCUCAUGUUUUUACUACGCAGUUUGUAUGAACUGUUGUUUGCCUGUUGUCUGUCUCUUAUUACUUGUAUGUUUUAGA